AUGGUGUUAGCAGAGAAUGGGCACGCGCCCCACAUAGAGGCGUGGUACAUGGCGAAAGAGGUCACAGACCAAACUGCAGAGAAUCGCCAAACCCCGAACAAGCCUGUGCUUCCAGCAGCGCUGAUCGACCUCGGUGUGCUAGCGUACCAUAUCCCGCCACAAGGCGACUACCCGCCAAAGGCGGUCCCCUGGGAGCCGAAAAGUGGAAUCCAGGACGUAAAGCUAAAGCAGAUUCGAGACGCGCGAGGCUACAACUAUGCGGACAUCAUCACGUGCUCCGAGGAAUGCCUUCCAGACUACCACAACAAGCUGAAGGCAUUCUUUGAGGAGCACAUCCACUCUGAUGAGGAGGUGCGCUACAUCCUCAAAGGCAGUGGCUACUUCGAUGUGCGCGACAGCAAGGAUCAGUGGAUUCGUUUGCAGCUGAAUGCGGGCGACCUUAUCGUCCUCCCGGAGGGCAUCUACCACAGGUUUACAAUGGACUCGAAGAAUUUCACCCAUGCGAUGCGUCUCUUCAAAGGCGUACCGGUGUGGACACCAAUCAACCGCCCAGCAGAUGCGCACCUCUCCCGGGAACGCUAUGUCGCCCGGUUCGGCCAGCUGGCUGAGGAGCAGAAGCUCCGAGGAACCAUAGUGGCGUGUCUGAAGAGCUUCUUCCAGCAGGGCUGGUGCCUAGGUUCUUCAGGUGCCAUGGCCUCACGCGUGGGCGGCGGUGCCCAUGCCCCAGUGCUGGCUACACCCAGUGGAGUGCCGAAGGAGCUCCUGGCCGAGGAGGACCUCUUCCUCCUGAGUGGCCCGGGAGCAGGUGGGGAGCAACUGAAGGAGCCAGCCAAGCCCCUGAAGGUCUCGGACAGCGCGCAAGUUUUCAAUGCGAUCUUCGAGAAGAGGCCCGAUGUGCGGGCUGUGUGCCACAUCCAUUCUGUGUCCUGCGUUCUGGCGGCUGCGGAGGUGGAUCAGGUCUUGGAGGUGCGAGAUCUCGAGAUGAUCAAAGGCCUUGGAAUCCCGGGCGACGGGGUGCUCCAGGUGCCGGUCAUUGACAACAAGGCGCGGGAGCCGGAGCUUGUGCCAGAUCUCCUGCGGGCCUUGGAGCGAACACCCAGUGCUCCAGCCGUGCUGGUACGAGAUCACGGCGCCUAUAUCUUCGGUAGUACGGCAGAGUCGCCCGGCUGCCUUUUCCUCCGAAUGUAUUGA